AUGCCACACAUCACACAGGUGACGCUCAGCAUCGUUGCUACGGCGUUGGCAGUCUAUGUCACCUAUGAACUAUGGAAGCGCGCGCAACCUUGCAGCUCCGAUCCAGCGGAGCAGGAGGGCGGUGAUUCUCCACAGGAGCCACACACAACCGAAAUAGAGCCCCCAAAGGUCGAAAGUGACGCGCAGGGGGACAUCUCACGUGUCUACAUUUACUAUGGGAGUCAGACAGGGACGGCGGAGCGCUUCGCCAGAGCUCUGGCGCUGCAAUUGGCGGAGUGGAACGAAGCCUUCCGCUGCAAUGCAAUCAACUUAGAGGACUGGGAAGAUGAGAAAAUAUCGCAACCUGGAGCCACCGCCAUUUUCACAGUGGCUACGCAUGACGACGGCCUCUUCCCCGAUAACGCGACUGACUUUGUAAAAUGGUUGGGCAAACGUGGGAAGGAUGGGAGCGCCCUUCGUGGACUGCGGUUUUGCAUUUUCGGCCUGGGCAGUUCAGAAUACCCGCUGUUCAACCGUGCUGCUAAAACACUCCAAACGCUGCUUAAUAAGGCAGGGGCACAGGAAAUACUCAGCAUUGCUUUAGGAGAUGACGCCGGCGACUUGAAGGGCGAUUUCAACCAAUGGACCAUAAAGCUGUGUGAAAAGCUCGCUAAUGACUUUAACAUCCCCCCGCCACAAUUGAGCGUCCAAUCACGUGGGAAGCUGCUGAAGGUAACGGACUCAUGGAGAGACAAAGUUCCAUUGGAGCUAAGAUACGUUAGUAGCAGUCCCGCGGACCGUCCACGACAGCCAAAUAUCGCAAAUGUUGUGUGCAAACAGCAAUGGCAAUGCGUGGACCACGUAGUCUUGGAUAAUUUCAACAUGACACCGAAUGGUGACUCGCAAACGAACUGUCUGCGUAUUAAACCGGAUUCCGCAUUUAGCCCCGCGGAAACCGUCAACAUUCUCUAUGCCAACCCUCCUCAUGUCGUGAAGUAUUUCAUGGGCAAACUGAGGUUGAAGGAUCCGGACUUGGAUAGGGUUAUUACCUUCGUGCCUCGAUAUGGGUCAACGGAAACGCAGAUGGACUUCGAGCCUCCUUUCCCCGUGCCAUGCACAAUCCGCGAUGCGCUAUUAUACUAUCUGGACCUGACGGAGUUGCCGGACGAGGACGUUCUCGAAGAAAUGGGCACCUUCCUUCAAACAGCCCCGGCGUGUCAGCUGUUCAAUAAAAUGCUGAAUAGCAAAUCCCUCAUCAAAAGGAUGAGAGAGGAAUUGCACGUUACACUGCCUGAGUUUGUAGAAAUCUUUAUGGAAGAUGCGCUGUUCAACCUGGGAGGGUUUCUGCAAAUAGUGAAGAAAAAAGUACCCAAGGCGUAUACCAUAUCGUCGCACCCAAAAACCAACAGCAUUGACUGCACUGUUAAGCUGGUCACAUUCCCCAUCCACUCGUUCAAAAGCUUCCGAUCAUCGCUCAAGAAAACUGUGGGAUACAAAGUGUCACCCGCGGCGGGGGAUUUCUUCGUCAGACAACGUAACUACGAAGGAGCAUGCACGCACUAUCUUUGCUCUCUAAAGCAAGGGGACAGCGUGAAACUGUUCAGGAGGCCCUCCGCUUUCAGCAGCGUCGAGGGAUUGGACGCAAGGCCCCUUGUCAUGAUAGCCAACGGUGCCGGGGUCGCACCUUUCAGGGCAUUCUGGCAGAACGGGCGCAACGAUUUGAAGCGUAUAUUAUUUUUGGGCUUCAGAACCGAAGCGCACAUAUUGUACGCAGAAGAAGUGGAACAACUAAAAGCCAUGCCAAACUACACGGUGCACAUUGCUUUGUCGAGGUCGAAGACUCCCAUGUACGUACAACACAUCUUAAGAAAGCACAUGGAGGAAGUUGUCGAUAUACUCAAAAAUGAUGGGGUAGUAUGCGUCUGUGGGAGUAAACCGAUGGGAGCCCAGGUCAAGGCCAUAAUACAGCACUUCACCAAGACCGAUAUAGCCGAACUUAAAGCUGAUGGAAGAUUUAUUGAAGAACUAUGGUAG